AUGCACACUGUAGCAUCCUUCGUGCUACUGUUCUCACUGGCGGCUGCUCAGACGUGUCCGAGCAACGCUACUGCUGCCAAUGCGACACAAGCAGCGGCCAAUGCCUGGAUAUACGGAAACCCGCCCUUGCAAUUCUAUCAGACUCGUACUGCAGCGCUACAGCCUGGAACUAACCAAACAAUCAACAAGUUCAGUCAUGCUCGUCGACUUGCAACAGCUGCCGAGCGGUCCAUUGUCAAACCGAAUGCAGACACGACCUACUCCAGUGCUUGGCUCGAUUUGAGCGCUGGCCCAGUGACAUUCUAUCUCCCCAAUGUCACUGAUCGCUAUUUUGUUGCCGCUAUGUACGAUGCCUACUCCAACAACUUCCACAACCCUGGCAACCUGCUCGGUAGUCCUUCGGGAAACUACACUCUCUACGGCCCUCGAUAUGCUAGCUGCGCCAACGCAUCGUCUCCCUUUGACAUUGUCAGCCCAACAGAUGACAUGUGGAUCCUUGGUCGUAUCUAUGUGCUGAACACUACGGGUACCGCAGAUUAUGAUAUCGUGAACCGCAUUCAAGACCAGCUUCAGGUUGUCAAGGCGCCAACUUUGCCUUCUCAGCCGAUUCUACAGCCAUCAUUCAGCAGUGGCACUCCUCAGGUCCUUCAGUCUUACUACUUGCUUAACGAAGCCAUCAAGAACAACCCUGUCGACCCUGCAGCCUACCGUGCAAACUUCACCUCGGUGGGUCUAUCGCCAGACAGGCCGUUCGUACCUCUUUUGACGACACAGCAAUUGAACGCAUCUCAGGCAGCUGCCAAUGGUACCAUAGCAGGAGCUCCACUAUUGGGUGGCUUUCUCAAAGGAUUGUCAAAUAGCUGGCUCUUGCCUGCACAAAAGAAGUUUGCAAACUUUGGCACGGACUACAUCACAAGGGCAUACAUUGCUAAUACUGGUUUUGGUGCUCUUGUUCCUGAGCAAGCCAUUUAUCCAACUCGACUUGGUGCGCUGACAUCGACCAACACAUCUCGCCAUGUCAUUUUCUUCCCAGAUGGCGAGCCACCAAGCCGAGCUCUGGGAUUCUGGAGCUUGACGGCCUAUGACAGCGACAACUAUUUCGUCAAGAAUGCAAUCGAUCGCUAUAGCCUCGGCAGUCGUGACAAUUUGAGACAGUUGGCGUCUGGUGGCAAUGGUAGUUUCAGUAUCGUUGCCAGUGUCAAUCCACCUGCUGAAGGCAUCAUGAAUUGGCUUCCAGUGCCACUUGGCCCAUGGAUCGUGACACUGAGGGUCUAUGGUGCAACGUCGGCCAUUGCUGAUGGCCAGUAUACAAUGCCGUCCAUCACGUUGAGCUCUUGAUUGUAUGCAUCGAGGUGUAAAGCUUGGGAUGCGAUAGAACCAUCGAGGUCGAUCUUUGAAUCAUUUGUUCAGCUCUAUCGCCUACUGACCAAGAGACCAGUACAAUGCAAUCAAGAUGUACAUUUAUAUACUUGCGACUG